AUGGAUAACAAUGGUUUUGUUGAAAUUAGCAAAAUUAAAUCUGAUGCUUUUUUCGAUCUCAUAGAAAGCAUGUCUAGUGAAAUUGAAGUUGAAAUUUUAAAAGCGCAAGGAAUCAAUAAUGUUCUUUCUUUAUUAAGAGCACAAGAUUUGUAUUCAUUCUUUAGACUUGAUUGUGAGGAACUAGAAGAUUUAAGAAAUCGUGCAUGUUUAAAGUUAAAAAAUGGUGAAUAUAUGAUACGACCAGCCAUAAAAGAUAAUCUUGAUUAUUGCAUAGCUGUAUUAAAAGGCAAAUUACAUGAACAGUUACCAUAUCGAUCAGAAAAUCAUAAUUCAAGUUCAAAUGAUUCGAAUGAACAACCUAAUUACUUCAUCAACACAUUCAUCAGUAGUCUUAAUGAUAAUAUGAAUCGCUCUAAAUACCGUUAUCAAUACAAUUCAAUGAUGCGACGGUUUGCGUCUAGUGUGUAUGCAUUAGGUGGUCGAAAUGUUUAUCAGUUCUUACGUUUGAACAUUCCAGGAGCAUUUCCAUCUAUUCCAACAUUAGAAUCUUAUCAUAAUGAAUUUUCUACACGUAUUGAAGAAAGUGAAUAUCGUUUUGAUGGGUUGGUUAGUUAUUCAAAUAAAAUUAAUUGCUCUUAUAUAUAUAUUUCCGAAGAUUGUACUAGCGUAAUCAGCAAAGUCAAUUAUGAUGUUACAACUAAUUCAUUUAUUGGUUUUUGUCCUGAAUUGAAGAAUGGUUUAUCAUCAAUUCGUCAGUACCAAACCGAUGAUUUUUAUGAAUUAGAAGAAUGGUUUCAGACAGUAAAACAAUCAACUCUAGUAAAUAUCUAUACUGUUCAACCUAUCACACAUGAAGCAGCAGCUCCGUUUCUAUUAUCUUGUUUUGGUACCGAUAAUCAAAUUGUUUCAAUAUCUAUACUUUUUCGUUGGUUGUAUAUAUAUGACAAAUGUCAUACUAAUAAUAUUAAAGUUGUUGGUUUUUCGAGCGAUGCUGAUCCUAGAUUUGUUAAAGCUAUGAGAUUAGCAACAGGUUAG